AUGGACAACAGCAGCAGCAAAUCUCCUGAACGAUUCGACUUGCCCAACAACUUCUUCGUCAUGGAUAAUACCUCUAGUGACAACCAUAGCGAGACUUCCUCUACCAUGAGCGACGACGCUUCGUGGCUCAGUGACAAUGAGGAACCAGAGCUCGACGAGAGCGAAAGGAAUGAAAUGGAAGUGGAAGCGGCCCAUGCCGUAGCCAAGAUGGUAAGAGAACGAUCCACCGCUUCACUCGGUGCCUACCUGCGUCGGGACAGCAAGACGACAUCCUCAGGACGGGCUGCCCCAAACAAGCCCUUCGCACGAACGGCCUCCAUGGCCAACUUUGGUGUGAGGCCCAAGCCAUCCAUGGCGGCCAUUCAGAAAGUCUCGGCACAAGAGGCAAGCACCCCCGGCGAUUCGUCUGCCAAGCCCAGUGAUCACCUCUGCACCAUUCUGGAAACACAACUCGACCGUGUUCCCUUUGCCGCGUUGGGUGACUACUUCCUCAAGACGACUCCCGAGCACAUUGCUGCCUGGGAUGCCGAGUUGCUUCGAACCGUUCGGACACAAGACUUGCCUCUCCUCAAGAAGAUGCACCAAGCGGGAGCACGUCUCCAAGCUAGCAACCAGUUUGGUGAAUCCAUCUUGCACGUGUGUGUGCGACGAGGAACUCCUGCCAUUCUCCACUACCUACUCCAACAGGGACAAGUGUCUCCCCGUGUGCACUGUGACUAUGGACGAACUCCACUGCACGACGCCUUUUGGACGUUUACCAACGAGCCCAACUCGGUGCAAAUGAUUGCCCUGUUGCUCAAGCAAUGCCCAGAAAUGCUGCUAGUUACGGACAAGCGAGGAUUCACACCGCUCGAUUACGUUCCACGGAAUCGAUGGGGAGACUGCUGCAGGCUCCUGGACCGAUGCGUGCCUCUGCUUAAUCGUCUCAAGAACAAUGGACGAUGCUAA